CCCCCCCCCCCCCCCUCCAGAGAAACCAGGGGACCACUCACAUCUGACUUCUGGGUUCCUGCUCCAGAGGGAUAUCUGCGUUGCAGUUUUGGGUUGUCCAAUUGUUUUACCUGCCAUUGACCGUCCCCUCCUGUCCCCGGUGGUUUGGACAUGUUGGACAAAUAGUGCCUUUGCGGAUUAAAGGGAUUUUAACGUGCAACCCUGUCCCCACACCCCAGUCGUCCUGCAAGGUGUGCGUGCCGCGAUGCACUGAAGAUGUGUGCAGCCAGGUACAACGGCUGUGCCGAGGGGGCCGCCGGGGGCCCCGCGGGGUCUCCUGGUCCGGCCACAGCGUCCCGGGCGACGGACUGGACGGAGGUCGGUCCACGCAUCCUCCACAGCCUCGCGAUGGGGACAGUGAUGACCCUCUUCUACCAGAAGAAGUCCCAGCGGCCCGAGAGGAGAACCUUCCAGAUAAAGCAGGACAUGCGGCAGAUAGCGUGGGGCCGAAACCCCGAGAAAAUAGAAGGAGAGGUGGACAUACGAGAGAUCCGGGAGCUGCGUUUGGGGAAAGGCUCCCGUGAUUUUGAGCGCUACCCGGAGGAGGCCCGUAAACUUGACACCGCCCACUGCUUCAUCGUGCUCUACGGCCUGGAGUUUCGCCUCAAGACGCUCAGCGUGGCCGCCUUCAGUGAAGAGGAGGUCAACAUGUGGAUCACUGGGCUCAACUGGCUGAUGAUGGACACCCAGAGAGCUCCUGCACCGCAGCAGAUAGACAGGUGGCUGAGGAAGCAGUUUGAGGCCAUGGACCGGACCCACGAGGGCAGCAUCACAGUGAAGGACGUGAAAGCUCUGAUGCCUCAGGUCAACUACAGAGUGCCCAACACGCGCUUCCUCAAAGACAAGCUGCAGGAGGUGGAGGCCAGGAGCGACUUGUCCUACCCCAACUUCUCCCAGCUCUACAGAACGCUGAUGUUUGACGCUCAGAAGACUAUUAUUGAGCAGCUGGAGCUCUCCUUCCCACUGCGGAACGUUGACAGGCCGGCGCUUUGUCAGAUCUCCCUGUACGACUUCCAGAAGUUUUUACAGAUGGACCAGAAGGAGACCUGGGCGUCGGACCUGAGUCGCGUCAGAGAGUUCCUCGCGGGGUACAUGAGGGGCGGAGCGCAGCCGGAGCCCGUGCUGCAACUCGACGAGUUCCUGACGUUCCUGUUCUCCAAGGAGAAUUCUGUGUGUGACCCUCGCCUGGCGCCUGUCGUUGCUGAGGACAUGAAAAGGCCGCUGUCGCAGUACUGGAUCUCCUCUUCACACAACACCUACCUGACAGGUGACCAGUUUUCCAGUGAGUCGUCUCUGGAAGCCUACGCCCGCUGCCUCAGGAUGGGCUGCCGCUGCAUUGAACUGGACUGUUGGGACGGACCUGACGACCUGCCAAUCAUCUACCACGGUCACACGUUGACCUCCAAGAUCAAGUUCCUGGAUGUGCUGCACACCAUCAAAGAACAGGCCUUCGUCACAUCAGACUACCCCGUGAUCCUGUCCAUCGAGGACCACUGCAGCGUGGUGCAGCAGAGGAACAUGGCCACGCACUUCAAGAAGGUGUUUGGAGAUCUGCUGCUCACCAAGCCGGUCGAUAACACCGCGGAGGAGCUCCCCUCGCCGCACCAGCUCCGCAGGAAGAUCCUCAUCAAGCACAAGAAGCUGGUGGAAGGCACGCCGUACGAGGAGGUGUCCUCAGCCAGCUACUCGGAGAACGACAUCAGCAACUCGCUGAAGAACGGCAUCCUUUACCUGGAGGACCCCAUCGACCACACGUGGACGCCGCACUAUUUCGUCCUCACCAGUAAUAAGAUUUACUACUCAGAGGAGACGUCCCACUACCAGACGGCCGAGGAAGAGGAGGACGACGAAGGGAAAGAGGAGUGUAACAAUAACGAGCAGCACUGUGCAGAGCGCUGGUUCCACGGGAAGCUGGGUGGAGGUCGCGACGGUCGACAGGUGGCGGAGAAGCUCCUGCAGGACUACUGCGAGGGCGGAGCCAAAGACGGCACCUUCCUGGUCCGGGAGAGUGAGACGUUUGUCGGGGACUACACCCUUUCCUUCUGGCGCUCUGGGCGCGUCCAGCACUGCAGGAUCCAUUCCCGCCAGGAGUCCGGCUCCACCCGCUUCUACCUGACCGACAACCUGGUGUUCGACAGCCUCUACCGCCUCAUCUGCCACUACAGAGACACGCCCCUGCGCUGCAACGAGUUCGAGAUGAGGCUGUGCGGCCCCGUGCCUCAGCCCAACGCCCACGAGAGCCGAGAGUGGUACCACUCCAGUCUGACCCGCGUCCAGGCCGAGCACAUGCUGAUGCGCGUCCCCAGGGACGGCGCUUUCCUGGUGCGGAAGCGCAGCGAAAGCCACUCCUACGCCAUCUCCUUCAGGGCGGAGGGGAAGAUCAAGCACUGUCGCAUUCAGCAGGAAGGCCGCCUCUUCAUGUUGGGCAGCUCGGCGGAGUUCGAGAGCCUCGUCGACCUCGUGAGCUACUACGAGAAACAUCCUCUGUACCGCAAGAUGAGGCUGCGGUACCCCAUCAACGAGGACACGCUGGACCGCAUGGGCACCGCCGACCUUGACUACGGGGCUCUGUAUGAGGUCCGCAGCCCUCAUUUUUAUGUGGAGGCCAACAAGAUGCCCACAGCACGGUGCACGGUCAAAGCGCUGUACGACUAUCGAGCGCAGAGGGAGGACGAGCUGUGUUUCCCCAAGCAGGCGCUGGUCAUGAACGUGGAUAAGCAGGAGGGCAGCUGGUGGCGAGGUGACUACGGGGGGAAGAAACAGCUGUGGUUCCCCGCCAACUACGUGGAGGAGGUUCCCAGUUCUCCCACUAGAGAGAUCGAUGACGCAUCCACAGAGAAUAGUCCUCUAGGAACAUUCCUGAAGGGCUUCAUUGACGUGCCCACGUGCCACGUCGUGGUGCAUAAGGACGGGAAGAACUCGCGCCCCUACGUGUUCACCAUCCACUCCCAGCAGCUGUCGUCUCACCCGGUUCAGACCCUGGACGUGGCGGCCGACAGCGUGGAGGACGUGGCCAGCUGGGUCGCCAAGAUCAGGGCGGCCGCUCAGAACGCCGACGCGCGGAUGCAGGAGGAGAAGCAAAUGGAGAGGAGGAAGAAGAUCGCGGUGGAGCUGUCGGAGCUCGUGGUCUACUGCAGACCCGUCCCGUUCAACGAGGACAAGAUCGGGACGGAGCGGGCGUGGUACCGGGACAUGUCCUCCUUCCCGGAGACCAAGGCAGAGAAGUUUGCCACCCGCGGCAAAGGGAAACGCUUCCUGCAGUACAAUCGCCGCCAGCUCUCCAGGGUUUACCCCAGAGGGCAGAGGCUGGACUCGUCAAACUACGACCCGCUCUCCAUGUGGCUCUGUGGCUCCCAGCUGGUCGCACUCAACUUCCAGACCCCAGAUAAACCCAUGCAGCUGAACCAGGCCCUGUUCAUGCUGGGAGGGGCCAGCGGCUUCGUUCCACAGCCUGACGUCAUGAGGGACGAGGCCUUCGACCCUUUCGACAAGGACACCUUACGCGUGGAGCCGAUCACCAUCCAGUUGCAGGUGCUGGGAGCCCGUCAUCUCCCAAAAAACGGCCGCAGCAUCGUCUGUCCCUUCGUGGAGGUGGAGAUCUGUGGAGCCGACUACGACAGCUGCAAGUGCAAGACGGACGUCGUCGCUGAUAACGGACUGAACCCUGUGUGGCUGCAGAAGCAGUUUGUGUUUGACAUCCACAACCCCACCUUCUCCUUCCUGCGGUUUACCGUCUUCGAGGAGGACAUGUUCAGUGACCCCAACUUCCUGGCACAGGCGACCUACCCAGUGCGCCUGCUACGAACAGGCUACAGGAGCAUCCCUCUGAAGAACAGCUACAGCGAAGAGCUGGAGCUGGCAUCACUUCUGGUCCACGUGGAGAUCGUCAAUGCAAAGGAGGAGGACGAUGAGAACAUGUACAUGACCAUCCAGCGUCUGCGGGAUCGAACCAGCGAGCUGUCCAACCAGGUGUCCCUCCUGGAGAGGUCGGGCUCAGGGGACCUCGGGUACCAGCAGAGUCUGGAGGAGCUGCGAGCCGCUCAGGACCAACUGAGUGAGCUGGUGGAGGCCCGAAACCACAGGCUGAUGGAGAAGAAGAGAAGAGAGAAACUGAGGCAGCAGGUGACCGCAAAGCGCAGCUAAUCCACCAUAGAGUGCGACAUGAUCCCACAGUCACAACUGGACCAUACACUGUGAGACUUGAUAGCACCACAGCAGAAAGGGACAAACGGAAAAAUAAAACCUCACAAGAUGAAGCUAUAAAAACCAUCACGGACUUGCUGAUGAAACCCAUUCAGAGUGAAACUGGGUAUCAUGAUCAUCAUCAGACUACAGAAAAGUGACCUGCAACCUUUUGGUUUUGCAAUCAUUAAUUGUGUUUUGGUGAUCAGAUUUAAGACAUUUAUAAAGACAUUCAGGAAAUAAUUGACAUUUUAUGAGCCAAAUAAUAAUCAAGACACGGAUCAUUAGUUGAAAGUCUUUGACACUUUGAUGCGAUGGAUGUCUGCCAUGACAACAAAAAGAACUUUUCUGCUUUAAAACAAAAGAUGAGACGAGAGCAAUGAAUCAAUGUUGUUGAUUGAUCCUGUGAUCCGAUGAGACCUUUCUAGUGGAUGUCAUGAGCACUUAACUAGGGAGGUCCCUACCACACCAACCAGACACUGUUCCAGUGCCUUAAUUAAGGAUAUAAAAGAACUGAAUUGUUAGUUAUCAAAGUAAUGCUAUCAGAGACCCAUAGAAACCCCAAAAGCUGCAGUUUAAAGCUUAUGAAGUUCACUUUUACUGUGUUUCAUUUUAAGGGGAAAACUCAGGUAACACAAAUGGAACAAAAGGGAGCAGUGCAAAAAAAAAUGAAUAUCACUUAAGUGCCUUUGAUAAUUAAACUAGCUCCACAUCUGGAAUAGCGAGUCUUUAUGGAAAACCAACCAAUCAGAGGAGCUGCCCGUGAACUGGGUUCAAAACGGGCUGUUUAGUUCCACAUGAACUCUGACUGGGGAACCUCUCCACCUGAGGUCAGAUGUUCCUGUUCUACCUGGGAGAGCACUAACUGGAUGAGCUGUGAACAAUAAAUCCUCACCAAACCAGCUCUAAAUGAACUACCUGUACUAAAAAACUCGAGAUCAGCGAGGUGGGGGGCGAGAGGGGGGAGACCACGUCUGCUCCCCCUUCGUAACAGCUGCACAGCAGUCCAGAUGUUUUCCUCUCAGUCAGACAAAUAAGGGCUGUGAAUAAAGACGAGCAGAGUCCCCAUCACCUGGCUCCAAUCAACAGAUGUGAAUCUACUGGUCCUGGAUCUGCAAAUAACCUUCUUCUAUCUACUCACUGCAUGGCUUCGUAUCUAUUAACGCCCGUCUAAUGUCACAUUGUAUAUAACUUCUUUAUUUAUGGAACCAGUGGAGAUCUUGUUUGAUUACCUAAUAUAGUAGAAUGCUAAUGAACUUCGCAUUUAUUUUAUUAGCGUGUCUUUAUGUAGAAAUGAAGGUUGUGUGCAUUUAAAAGUUACCAUGGACACAAACCCUUGUCCCUCAAUGCCUCAUUCGCUCUGAGAGGAGACUUCUAUGCAAAAGUGUUUUUCUUUCCUUGCUGCCAUUGUAUAUUCGGCGGAUGCAAAUGAGAAUUUACACGUAACUGUGCCAAAUAUCUACUAUUAUGAUUAUUAGAAUGCUGAGCAAGUUCUGAUUUAAUAAAGCUCUUUAAAAUA